CAAUUCUUGCUUUCCCACUUGUUUCUAUAUGCACCAGAGAAUUGAGGCAGGUAAAGCCAACUUCAUUAAGUGCUGGAAGUGACAUCCAAACAAUAAAGUAGCGAUCAAAAUAAUGAAAGAAGUGAGACAGCCACCUAACCAUGAGUUCAUGAUUCUCCCAUAUUUUCACAAGUUCCCUCAUCAUAAACUCGUCACGCUUCUCCCUGAUAGCUGGCAGCGCAAAGGAACUAAUGCUCUCUUCUACCGA